UUGUGUACAUAAAUAUUAGUAGAGUUGGACCAGUUCACUCCUGACUUGUUCUGCGUCGCACCACACACCAGUCAGUUGCUGAUGCUGAAUGUGGCUCUAUAAAAAAAAUAAAAAAAAAGUCCCUACAAAUCAGGUACUGAUUAAUUGGCAGUGGAGUUUCAUCUGUCUCCAGAAAAUGUGGUCCUUUUAAAAAGCAUAGAAAAGUUUCUGGAUUAGGGCAGAAUUAACACAAAGCGGCGACGCCACUCCAGCUACAUUCCCAAACAACACUUGAAGAGGCAGAGGAGGGACAGCGACUGAGAGAGUGACGCGACUGGGUGAAGACACUCGAACGAACGCCACCUCAGAAAAACCUCCAAACUCUUGAUAGUAGGGGGCAGACAAGUUCAUCUGAGAGAGGGAGGGAGCAUCAGAGAGGCAAGGAUCUUUGGCCACGAGGUCCUGAAGGAUGGAAGAGAAGCAGGUUGCAGGGAUCCUGAAUGGAGCAGUUCCAGGUGAGCCAGUGAAGAAGGAUGAAAACUCCCGGCGGGGGAACUGGGGGAACCAAAUUGAGUUUGUCCUCACGAGUGUUGGCUAUGCUGUGGGCCUGGGCAAUGUUUGGAGGUUUCCCUACCUCUGCUACAGAAAUGGAGGAGGUGCCUUCAUGCUCCCGUACUUUAUCAUGCUGGUGUUCUGUGGCAUUCCACUCUUCUUUCUUGAGUUGUCCUUCGGGCAGUUCGCCAGCCAGGGGUGUCUUGGGGUCUGGAAGAUUAGCCCAAUGUUCAAAGGUGUGGGCUAUGGCAUGAUGGUGGUGUCCACCUAUAUCGGGAUCUAUUACAAUGUGGUUAUUUGCAUUGCCUUCUACUACUUUUUCACAUCCAUGACAAACGUACUGCCAUGGACGUACUGCAACAACCCCUGGAAUACGCCUGACUGCAGUGGAGUGGUACCCCAAAGCAAUGGCAGUAUGGCUAACGUCACUCGUAGCAUGGUGGACGGAGUCAGUGAGUUAGUGAACCGCACCAAGAGAACCAGCCCCAGCGAGGAAUACUGGAAACACUAUGUUUUGGACAUCUCUGAUGGCAUUGGGAACUUUGGAGAAGUACGCCUCCCCAUCCUGGGCUGCCUGGCUGUGUCCUGGGUGGUGGUCUUUCUCUGCCUCAUCAGGGGCGUCAAAUCCUCUGGAAAGGUGGUGUACUUUACAGCCACGUUCCCAUAUGUUGUUUUGACCAUCCUGUUCAUUCGUGGGAUUACUCUAGAUGGAGCCAUCAAUGGCAUCAUGUAUUACUUGACUCCGCAGUGGCAGAAGGUCCUUGAUGCAAAGGUGUGGGGAGAUGCUGCAUCACAGAUUUUCUAUUCCCUGGGAUGUGCUUGGGGUGGUCUUAUUACCAUGGCUUCUUAUAACAAGUUCCACAACAAUUGUUUCAGAGACAGCAUCAUCAUCAGCAUAACCAACUGUGCAACCAGUGUGUACGCUGGCUUUGUCAUUUUCUCCAUCCUGGGCUUCAUGGCACACCACCUCAACGUGCCCGUGUCACAGGUAGCAGACCAUGGCCCAGGACUGGCCUUUGUGGCCUACCCAGAAGCCCUCACUCUGCUGCCCAUUUCUCCACUGUGGUCGCUACUCUUCUUCUUCAUGUUAAUCCUUCUAGGACUGGGAACUCAGUUCUGUUUACUGGAGACACUGGUGACGGCCAUUGUUGAUGAGAUUGGCACCGACUGGAUCAUCAGGAACAAGACUGUAGUUACACUCUGUGUGGCUAUUGUUGGAUUUCUCCUGGGAGUUCCACUAACAACUCAGGCAGGAAUCUACUGGUUGCUACUGAUGGAUAACUACGCUGCCAGUUUCUCUCUGGUUAUCAUCUCUUGCAUCAUGUGUGUCUGCGUCAUGUAUGUUUAUGGUCACCGAAACUACUUUAAAGAUGUCGAGAUGAUGUUGGGUUUCCCUCCCCCGCUCUUCUUCAAAGUCUGCUGGAUGUUCAUCUCCCCUGUCAUUAUCUCUUUCAUCCUAAUCUUCACAGUGGUCCAGUACAAACCUAUCACCUAUAAUGACUACGUGUAUCCCGGUUGGUCUCUGGCCAUUGGCUUCUCAAUGGCGCUGUCCUCGGUGGUCUGCAUACCUAUCUAUGCCUUCUACAAGAUCUCAAGGUCCCCAGGGGCCACCUUCAGAGAGCGGUUGAAGCACGCGUGCCAGGCAGAUCCGAAGUGGGGCCCGGCCCUGCGGGAGCACCGCACGGGUCGCUACGCCACCACGGCCUCCGAAGACAGCGCGGAGGUUCAUCCCUUCAAGGAGAAGGACGAGCUGAAGGAGGAGCAGCCGGAGGAGGAGAAUGAGAGGAAGGAUGAAAUCAGCCUCACCAUCCAGGGAAGCAACGGCUCCACCAACACACACAACAACCCCAACCCAAGUGCAUAGAUGGCGUCCCGCUCUGUCACCCACUACUGACGCCAUUUCCCCCUUCUCCUCUAUCUGCACCACACUUUCCCACAGUCCUCUGUGGGGAAGAUCCCUUUUUGCUGGAGACCUUUACAUAUUGUAAAGGCUUAUUAUAUUCAAUCUAACCUCUGCUAGCUACCUGCGUGAUAUCUUUAUGGGAAAAAAAAAACAAGGCACAAAAUUUUUUUUAAAAAUAAAUAAAGAAUAAAUUGGAUCACUGUCCAAAAGAUUUAGUUUGUACAUUUGCGUGUGUGCGUGGAUUGUUUGUGUUUGAGAUAAUUUAAUAAUUCAGUUUGUUUUUCGUUACAUUUGUCUGUAAAAACACGUACCUGCAUAUGCCAUGUUCAGAUGCAGUUCAAGCUAUGGCGGAUUGUAAGGCUGAUCGCGUCUGUCGGGCUCACAGCAGCACAGAGACACACGCCUGUCAUCUCAUUAUGGACCUGCUGAUUCAGAUUUAUACACAUAUAAGGAAUAUAAUUACAAACACUAAUUUACACUGGGGCAUUCAUUAUGCACGUUUUACAAUGCAGUCACCUCACACAAAGUUGAUUUGAACGAUUGCUGGUUUUUCUUUCUUACUUUAUGACGAUGAUGAGACGCUGAGUACAACCAGAAGCUUCCAAGAUGGGUGAUUGACUGUGAAAAGUUUUUUUUUUUUUUUUCGCCACCAGAGCUGCUGCUUGAAUUGAAAACUUUAGCCACUGUCUCCCUUUCAUACAUACCGCACACGCACACAUUGUAGCACAUAGUUCUUGCACAUACAGGUAAUUAAAAAAAAAUAAAUAAACACCAGGGCCAUUCUCAGGUUUCAAGUAAACUUUGUGGUGUGCCUGGGGAGACCUCAUGAAUGAACUCAUUGAAAAAUGAUACAUUCGACAGUAUAUAAUAUUAGCCUACACGGACACACAAACACACACACUGGGUGCGUCUGUGUACAGUAUUUGAUGUAUCAAGAAGUGACACCUCUUCUCUAGUCUUCCAGCAAUCCUUUUUGUGUGAAAUGAAAUUUUGGGAUGUGCAUUAGGGAGAAUCUUAAAUGGAGGAGGUAGCCAGUGAAGGCAUGAUUGGUUUUUAAUCUCGUCUUACUUUGUGUGGUUGUAGCAGUCCACCCAAUGUGCUGUGUCCUGUGUUCAGGUCUGCACAAGUUUGUCGUCUUCUGAGGCUGUGAUGUGAUGUGGAAAAAAAGGGCAGCUUGUUUCCAGAACAGCACCCAUUUUUGUUUGAGUUUUUAUCAUAAAUGUGAAAUGUAGUUAUAUAGUUUUGGACGAGAAGUAUCAUUUAAUCAUCUCACUAUAGUGAUAGUGUAGUAAAUCAUUAUUAAGACAGUUGUUUUAUUUUGUAUAAAAAUAAAAACUUGAAUCAGACUCUGAAAUAUUCAUGUUUACCCUUUCACUUCUGAUUUAUUUGGAGAUUUUGUGAGAGAGAAUAAUUGAUGUUGAUGUUUUUAAAAGUACAAAUUUGAGGUUUGUCCUGCUACAAACCCUGCACAAAACUACAAUACCAUUAAGUGUGUGUUUCACAUGGUUGUUCUGUAUUUCCAUCUUUGGUAUGUUUUGUGGACACCUGAAAGUCCACAGGUGCAGAUUUGACUACUUUCUUGCGUGUGUGGUGAUGAACCUUCAUUCGUCCAAGUUCUUUUCAGAGCCAGAACGCUAUAACAACAUGUGAUACAAUAUUGUAUACAUUAUAUUGCAAUCUAAAGUGCAUUAAGGAAUAGUGCAACACUUUACAUUGUUUAUUCUUGUAAAUUGAAAAGUGUAAACUUAAGUCCCCAGCCAAUAAGUACGAAGUAGUAGUAAUAGUGAAUGCCUAAAGAUUUUUACCACAUUUGUUUGAGCCCAUCAAGCCAGCUAUUAUCCAAUUCUCCUGCUAUUUUUUAUUUUAUUAUUAUUAUUUUUUUUAAAACUAGUGAAAACACUUUUCUCCCAAGAUCAGUCUCCUCUUGUCUGCUCGCCACGUGCCAUAGUGCAGUUGCUAAAUGUUUCCACAAGAUGGGCCCAUGUUGACAUGCACAGCAGUCAAGUCACAGUACAGCUCCCAAUGUGGCCAGAGAUGCACUUGACAUAAUAUAGGAUGUCUGGUUAUAAAACAGAGCUCAAAGGAUUUCUGUAUUAUUGCAGUUCGAAGUAAAGACAUCAUGUUGUCUGUCCUUUUAGCUCUACACACCCCAUCUCUUCUGACCUUUGUAUAGAAAAUGUAUAAAUUCUAUAAAUAACUGUGUGUACGUUUAUCUCUACUUUUAUUGUGAGCGCGGCGAGUAUGAGAAUUGUGGGUCAUUGCCUUUGGAGUUGUCAUUUCUAGUUGUUUAAUGUAGAAGAUGUCAUGUAUUGUGUACUGCAUGUAGUGGAUAAGCUUUUACUGCUGAGUCUGCAUGUAUCGCAGACGUAGAGUUAAUGUCGAUGUACCUCUAAUCUUGACUCUUAUUCUGCUAAUCAUAUAAAGCCCAUCUUUUAAAACUAUUUUGUACUAUGAGAAGAACAAGAAAUCAACCUUUUUAUCUUCCAAUUUCAGUCAUUGUUUAUCUGCGUUCCAUGACACUACUGUUUUUUUUUUUAUUUUUUUUUUUUAAGUAUAUUAUCAGAAAACAUAUAUCCAGCUGGUAUUAUAUGAGUAUUGUCAAACAAAAAAGCUUUGGAUAGAAACUUGAACUACAGACAAAUGGUCAGUUUUCACAGUGAGUGGUCUCGUGUAUGGACAGUGGUUGCAGCAACAUAACAUUGUUUCUGUUUCUGUUUUUGAUUUUAAUUUUUUCGUUUGUUUUACAUGUGGUUAAAGCUCAAUACCGACAGUGGCCACUAAUGAUCACACUAAUCCCAGACAUUCACGAUUUUAAAACCUGAGCAAAACAAACACCAAAUAAUAAUAAUUAUAUUAAUAUCAAUGAUAGCAAUAAUAGUUGAUUGAUGAAGAAUGAUUCCACAGAUUUCAGGACCCAUUUUUCAUUUCGCAGUCUGUGGUAUAUUCUGCACAAGGUAUUUAUAAUAUGGUUAGCACUGCAUAUUUUAAUGUGAAAAGAACAAAAAAAGCACACUGAGGUGCAAAAUGUUGCUAAUAUUGUACAAAAUCUACGACCCUGUUUGCAACAUUGCCUCUUGAAAUUACCACUUCUCCAAUAUUUAUCUCAUGUAAUAUUAAUUUAAAUGCACUUUUUUUUUUUUUAUUUUUUUUUUUACAAGCAACAAGAGGAAAUGUGCUUUGACUAUGAAUGCACAUUUCCAUGUUGAAAAAAAAAAAAAAAAAAAAAAAACAUUUGCAGUGGUCCUACACAAAGAAAUGGUGCGUGUAGUUCUUGAAUUGCUGUCUUCUUACCAUGUAUAAAAUGUUACAUGGUAGGAUUCAAGAGGAAAUGCACAGGUUAAAAGAGUACAGUUCUUCUGAUACCUUCUAUCAUAUCUCUAUCUAACUGUCUGUUCGUCUUGUUCUUCAACCUUUAGGGCCAAAAUGCAUUGAAAUGUCUUCUUAGUCCUGUCAGCUGUAUAUUGUAAAACUGUUCAAUUAAAUUGAUAAAUAAAAAUCUAUUUUAAAGAUCA